AGCAUGGGAUGCAAUAAAUUCAUUGCUUGAGAAACUUAAGGAUUCUUGUCUACUGCUUGACGGUGAAGACAUUGGAUGGCUCAAAAUGCAUGAUCUUGUGCAUGAUGUUGCUAAACGUAUCUUGUGGAGGGACCAACACGUGUUAGUAGUAAGUGGUGGAGAUGAGUUUAAAGAAUGGCCAGAUAAUGAGGAUUUCUAUAAAAAGUGCAGUAUGAUCUCCCUUGACAUACCCAGAGUUCCCAAGCUUCCAGAAGUUUUGCAAUGCACGGAACUAAAGUUGUUUGCUCUUGGAGCAAUUGUACAUGUUGAGGGUAUCUCCUUAGAAAUGCCGUGCAACUUUUUUAAAGAAACGACAAAACUUGGAGUGUUGGAUUUAAGUCGAUUGAUUAUCCUGACACUACCUCCAUCUCUUCAGUUUCUAAUAAAUUUGAAGACAUUGUGUUUUAAUGGCUGUACCUUGGGAGACAUUGCUCUAAUUGGCCAACUACGAAACUUAGAAGUACUUAGCUUUCUAAAAUCGAUGUUUAAAGAGUUGCCCAAAGAAGUAGGGCAAUUGACUCAUCUACGAUCAUUGGAUUUGACUGGUUGUACUCAGUUGGAAAUAAUUGCACCUGGUGUUAUAUCAAAUUUGAAAAGACUAGAAGAACUGUGGAUGGGGAGUAGUUUCAACCGAUGGGAGGCUGAAGGAGUGACCAAUAGUGAGAGAAGUAAUGCAAGCCUCUCAGAGCUCAAGCACUUGUCUAAUCUAAGUGCUUUGCAUGUACAUGUCUUGGAUGCUAACAUUCUUCCAUCAAAUUUGUUCUCCAAUGCAUUGGAACGAUACCGAAUAUAUAUUGGUGCUGCAUGGAACUGGGAUAUUGAUGCGGAUGUAAACAUCAACACACUGAAAAUCAAGCUCACUACCACCAAUGAACUGUACCAAUCUGGUUUAAACAUGUUGCUGAAGAGAACUGACGAGUUACACUUGAAUGGAAUGGAUGCUGGUAAUAAUACAGCUUAUCAAUUAGACGGUGAAGAAUUUCAGCAAUUGAAACAUCUCCAUGUCCACAAUGCUGAGUUCAGACAUAUCAUUAAUGGGAAGGGCGUUUUUCCCAACUUAAAAGGGUUAGUGGUGAGUGGCCUAGAUGAUUCGAGAUUCUUAUUAUCAUCUUCCAUGGCUAGAAGUCUUGUACAACUCACACAUCUUCGGAUAUCCGGAUGUCGAAACAUGGAAGAGAUAGUAUCAACAAAUGAAUCUGAUGAAAAGCAUAUGAAGGACAUGUUUUCUAAGCUUCAACAUCUGGAGCUAGAAGAGCUUCCAAUCCUCACAAGAUUCUGCUCAAGAAGUUGUAUUGGAUAUCCAUCUUUGGAGAUUUUGCAACCAGAGAACUACAAUGAAGUUGAAGAAAGGGACUGUAGAUAA